AUGCGAACCCAAGCCUUCUUCGCCAUGCUUUUUACCCCCGGCGCUAUUGCCGGCGGUACCUUUAUCCCAACAGAUCCCAAGCUCGCUCAUCGUGCACCUGAACCUUUUCCUUGGCCCCAGUUGCUAAACAACCCUCACAUGACCACACCAGUUGUAUGGUAUCAAAUUGGUCAAAUUAAAAUCUGGACCGACACCCGGGGCGUUGACUUCGUCAGGGAUGGUACAAAAUUCGAUACGUUCGACCAGUGUAUCAACCACUGUAAAACAUUUAGCGUUGUACAUAACUCUCCCGUCGAUAAGCCAACCGAUGCGAAAUGCAACUACUAUUGCACCACCUAUUGGGAUCAAGUUAAAAAGUCCCGCUAUUAG